AUGUCCUCGAAGCCUACUGUGCCAUCGUUUGAAAGCUACGACCUCUAUCGUAGCGAGAUAUUAGUCUACGAUACAGAGGAUACAAUCAAUGCCGCUGUCGACGAUUUGGUGGCCACAGCACGCCCUGGACUGCCGUUUGGGAUCGCCAUCGCCGUUGCAAUCACCGGUCGAGUUCGAGUGAUCUCCAUCGCCACUUUGAGGGCUGUGUCAGUCUUUGAUGUGACACGCGUGGCUACCUUUCCCGACGCCUUACGCGCCUUUCUUGGUGAAGUCGACUAUGUAAAGAUUGGCGUCGAUGUAUACGACUGUGCUAGAGCUUUAUAUCGUACGCACGCGGUCCGUCUGAGAGGUGCCGGCGAGAUAUCCCGUCUACACCGGGUCUUCGAUUCUAGCGGAGCGGCCAAAGGUGUACCCUUUGGCGACUCUAUCUCCUUGAAGCACGCUUGCGAAGUUUGGCUCAACCUGACCAUCGAAGAUGAUCAAUACGCCGACAACGCCUUGUCGCCUGUUGGGCUUGUCGACUACCACUACUUCGCGGUGAAGGCAUCUGCUACUCUUACCCUAUAUUGGAAAAUGCAGGAUGUUCCACUUCUCGACGCAAUCGAGCGCUCUUUUUGGAUCUUCGACGAUAUCGACCAUAAUACCGGCCGCCCAGAUGGAUUACGACCUGACUAUGCCCCUUACGCGGUACAUGACCCACGUCACAUCAAUCAGAUCGCAAAAUCAGUUGAGGAGAUCAGAAAGACUGUGAGGCGGGAGCUUGACGAUCCACCCCCGUAUUCAUUCGAGAACAACAAUAAGUGGAGAGAUUUUACAGCGGGAGCUGUAGUAUUUCUGCCACCUCCGAUCAUGCAAUCCAACCAACGACAUGGUCAGUCUUCGUCCGGGACACGACCUACUGAACCCCGUUCCUCCGCUGGACCACGCCCAUCGUCAUCGCGUUAUCCAACUCGUCGUUCGCGUUCGCGUUCGCCCCCUCCACGCCGGCCCGCUUACGAUUCGUACCGUCCGAUGGAUCGUCAUCGGGAUCAUCCUGAUACGUACCGGCCCUAUCGCCGACGACGAUCCCAGUCUCCGCGUGCAGGCCCUUCCCGUAUUUCACGGCAGCGACCUCCAUCUCCCCCCCCAAACUACAUACCUGACAAACUCGUCGUUUCUUAUUGGCAUCCUGAACACGGCCUUGUCGUCGAUGUUAAUUCGUCUGGGCUUCCGAGAUCAAUCCAACUUACCAGUGCCCAGAACCGCACGCCGACUUUGCGGCAUCCCCGUCUCUUGACGGACGACCGAAUUUACUAUGCAUUGUAUCCCCUCGAAACACUCGACAUGGGGACUCUGUUCAAAUUCGUCAGCGUCUCCGGGGAGGAGUUGUUGGACCAUAUAUACAAAACACCUAGAGGUACAUACGCCCUGGCUGAAGAGGUUAGGCAGGAUUGGGAGCGCCUCGAGCUCUUGCUGAAGGGAAUCGGGGACCACCUCUUCCUGGCUUAUUGUUCACGACACCGGGUAUAUGGCCCUGCGUUGCACAUAACCAUGCCCAGUGUGUGUGGCUACAGGGACAUCGGCCCCCGUGAUCAAGUCUACAAAGCUUGCGUUGAAACCGUCCACGCCUUCAAAUUACUCUCCGCCUAUGUCUCGUUCACGCUCGCACUUUGGUACGGCCGCGAUGCUCUGGACCCCCUAGCGGAAGCUCAGGCGGAGAUUCUCAAAAGCCCUUUGGGGAUUGACCUUCCCCAAUGGCAGCUAAUCUACAUGUCGGUCCUAUGCAGAUUUGGCCCUGGCCUUCGCGUUGGUGGCUUCGUCGACCCUUACCGCACUUUCUGGGGGCAUUCGUUUGCCCGCUUGGCCCGGGCUGACGUCUCCAUAUGGCUGCUAUGGGGCAGAGAACGCCAUAGUCUCGUCCUCGACCCUGCGAUGCGAACCACGUACUACCCCCCCGCUCACAUCCUUUCCGCAGCCAAGCUCAGACCGAUCGGCAUGCGAAUUGGUGCGGUCGUACUUGCAGAAGUCUUGGCCAGCCAUGGCGACGAGGCUCCGUCUAACCCCCUUCCGCCCAGCGGGGUUCAACCUGUCAACUAUCCACAAGACCCCCCCGAUUGGACAUCCCCCCCCGAAUACUGUUUCCAAGGCGAGGAUGAGGACGAAGAAUACAUCCCAUAUGUGUGGAAAAAACAUUGCGAGUUAUAUCUUGAAAAGGAAAUCUCGGCUUGGGCACGUAUUGACGAUACCCCAGGCACACCUGAGCACACUGCACUCCUCCUGGAAAAGGUCCAGCAGAUCGGCCACGUCACGGGCACCAGGCUACACGUUUGGCGCUACCACCGCGCCUUGGGCACGUAUCAGCGCCAUAUAGUCCCAGACCUAUCGGUAGGGGACCACUGGCCUGACUAUCGUCCGGUCUGCAGAUUUUACUGGCCGUGCACACGCGAAUGGGACCUCGUUCCAUUCACCGCGCCGACUCCUCCAGGAGCCGUUGUGUGUUCGCUUGCGCAAUACGACGCCAACGCUUAUUUUUUCCCCGAUAAAGAUGCAAGUCCCGUCCCAGGCACCCAAAGCCCUACUCCUGCGGAGGAUACAAGUUCAAUAACCGCUGAAACGCUUGACGAGCCCAUGUCACCCACGGCUUCUCCCCCUCCUUCAUCCUCUGCCGUAUCACAAGCAGACGUGCCCAUUCCCGAUGCACGUCCUAUACUCUCCCUCGAGUCGUACCUCCGACAGCGACAUGGAUACGAUUUGAACGGGGGCCUCGUAGACGAAUCGUUAUACACCCCCUCUGCGUUGCCCCCCGAUUCGCCGAUUGCUCAACAGUUGUUGGGAUAUCGGCAUGAUGGUCGUAUUGCAUCAGAUGUGACUGCGGCUGCAGUCGACUGGCACAACACCCUUAUCAAUCCUGCAGUUCAACUGAGUCGCCUCCCAUCUCGCUGGGACCUGCAUCCCUCUUCACCUCUCGUCACUAAGCACUCGGGAUUCACAUUGAGAAAGGCGUGGUCGCCCAACUCCUGUCCGAUAUACCUCCUCGGCUCCCCCCCUGAUUCUUUGAAGCCCGCAUUUUGGUCGCUCGCCCUUUUCAAUGCCACUGCGGUACUCUACGUGUACCACACUAGUACCUCGAGUGACCUGGUUUCCUGCGCGAGGGAGCUCUUGCAAGCUGGUAUCCCGUUUCGGACAGUCAUCAAGAGGGAGCCAGGUAGCCCCCCGCUCUUGGCCAAACCCGACGUCGGGAACCCGUUGCUUCAGAUACGAUCCCAAGCCAAGGAGGAACCUCGACAGUGUUAUUAUUCCUAUGUGCGCAUCCGCGACGGAUUGCUCAGGACGCCGGUUGGUCGUGCCGCUCGUCUACGAGCGGGAAUACUUGGCCUCCUCGCGUUGCGAGUAGUCCCUGACGAGGAUGUUUUCUCUGGUCCCGUCUAUGCUGACCAGCUUGUCGCCAUCGAUGGCUCCGCUCACUACUUUGACGACUCCCUCUCCGACAAUGUCAGCGACACACUGGUUGGAGCGUUUUAUUUUGGUGGCGCCGAGACCGCGUUACGAUCGUAUUGGCCAAGGCCUAGCCAGUGGGACAAAUCGCGGUAUGGGGGCGAUCAGUGGAACUAUGAUGGCAUCACAUACGUACAGAGACGUGAAGAGGAGUUGGAGGACGAUGCAGCAAGGAUGAAGCCGAGCACAAAAUGGGUGUUGACGCUGAAACGAAAGAACAGCGAUGGCGAUGUCGUGUGCGAUGCCAGCGACAAUCUUGCCUCGAGCUUCAUCUCCCAUAUCCUGUUAACAUGA